AUGGCGACUCGACGAAAGAUGGCUCAGAACGUAGAAAGGGUGGUUCAAUCACCGUUGCUGCAAUUUCUCCUGCGAAAAUGCAUUCGCUUCACUCGUUAUGAUUACAAAGGAAAUCUUAUUAGAACCGAAGAUUGUAAUCCUCGGCGUUACCAAGACGAACUGUCUGCGCGUGACCAGCCGGACGUUCCUAACAUUCCUGGAGGCAUUCACCAUCGACUGUCUGCAAAUUACUAUUACGAAAGGGAUGCGCGACGAAACGUCGGUCCACCAAAAGUCAUCGUGGAAGCUGAGGCUCCUUUAUUCUUGACCAGGACGUCAUGUAUCUAUUCGGAAAGCCAGGCGUAUCUUUCGUUGUGCUUUAAGCUAACCUCCUUGUCUGCUGAGUUCAUGAUGGACGUGCGGAUAUUGUCGCAGAUAAUCUCCCUGCCGUCGGAAUUGAGGGAGCCAAGUACUCGAAGUGGAAUGCGCGAAGACAAUCAGAAGGCGAUCGUGGCGAUGAUAACGCACGCCUGUAGUAGCCGAUCUGAAAUUGGCCGCGAGCUGACCAAGGACCGCGACGAGAAAAGCACCAAGGCUGAAAUGUUACCCGUCAAGGUAGCUCGAAAACUGCAUGUACCGAGUCCCACACCGGGUCUUGGUGCGUCUUGGGUGCGGAACAAAUCAGCUGAACUGCCCUGGACGAUUCGAGACCCUGCCUUGGAGGCUCUAAAUAAGUAUGGACAAUGCGGCGGUCUGUAA